CGAGCGUUGAGCAGAUGUGUUCAGUUUAUAAUGUUCUGAUGUUGUCAGGCGUCAUUGUUUGACCUCAAUAUCUAAUAAAUGUUGAGCAUGUUCCCUUCUUUACUUUACGGAUGCAUAAAAUUUUAGAUGCCUACAAUAUGACAAAAUUUAAACAGAUAAAAAACAAAACUACGUGAUUACUUAUAUACUUCGGUUCAAUUAGUGUGCCAGUACUAACAAAAAGCGUGGGUAUGUCUCUUUACUAAGUCGUUUUUAUGUGACGGAGGAAGAGGCCGCGGGAACGCUUCAAAGAAACAAGGAUGAUCAUUGCACAACGACGUACACAAGAACGAAGCACGCAAAGAAAAAAAAAAGAUACAGAUGACGUAAGACAUACAGCUGUGGGCGCGAAAUAAGAGGUCAGUUAUUAAGGCACAAAGAAGGGCCAGUUGGUGUAGCUCUAACUGGCCGAACAAUGUAUACCGAAAUGAAGAUUGUUGGCAUUUACACUCUACUGUUUGUGGGAGAAUUGUUGGCUGCCUUACCACCACCUGUUACUGACAAGGAAUUACAAACCCUGAGUGAAACUUUGCUGAAAAAAGAUGUGAACAAUGCUGCCAAAUUCAUAAAAAUAAAUUAUCAGGCCCGUACAAGAUCAAACAGCCUAACAGAUGCUGCACCUUUGCCCUUAAUUUCUGUUGACAAGAGAGUCUUUCAGUUACCAACUGUAGCAAAAGUGCGCAUGCUUUAUGAUAAUUAUGUUGCUGAUACGUCUGUCAAUGAGCAUGUUACUGCCCAGGAACGUGCAGAGGAGAGCAGUCUUUUGGAUACAUUUCUUGCAACUCCCGUAAUGAGUACUGCAAUGCGCUUUCUGGCAGAUCAUGGAUUGGUAAGACGAGAUCCAAAGGCAUACAAGAAUUUGCUGAAUCAAAUUUGGUUUGGAAUGUAUUCCAGAGGAGGUGGACGUGUAGGAUCAAGUGCAUUUGAACAUGUAUUCCUAGGUGAACUGAAGAGAGGAGAAAUUUCAGGGCUACACAACUGGAUCUUUUUUAAUAAUGAAGAAAUUUUAAAACAUGCGGAUUAUUUAGGAUACAUUAGAAAGCUUGAAUUGGGAGAUAAGGGAGCAAUCUUGAAGCUGCACUACAAAUGGGAAAAUGUUAUAAAACCAGUUGGAUCCAUGUUUGUUGGCACUAGUCCAGAACUGGAAAUGGCACUUUACACAGUAUGUUUUGUAGCACGCCCCGAUCAAAAGUGCUCUCUUAGUUUAAGUGGGAAAAGAGUUUUUAUAAACACACAUACUUUUCGCUACAGAGGAAAGAACAUGAUAGGAAGUGCUUAUCCUGAAAUAUAGGAAUUGUUGUAACUAUUAAACACACUUCAUGUUUUUAUUGUGUGGCUGAUUACUUUUUUUAGUGACUUUUUUGAGUAUUGAGCUUUACUAACUAUGUAGUAAUAUAAUUUUGAUAAUAAACUGAUAAGAAAGUAUAUAUUAACAAACUAAAUUGGUGAUGAAAGUAUAACUUUUUUGUGACUUUUUUCAGUAUUGAGAUUUAUUAACUAUGGAGUAAUAUAAUUUUGAUAAGAAAGUAUAUAUUAACAAACUAAAUUGGUGAUAAAAGUAUAACUUCUGUAUUCUUUGAUUUCAUGUUUAUUUAUGGAAGUAUCCAUGGAUUAAAUUGUAUUCUGGUGCCACAGGAACAGAUCAUAUACAAGAAGCUGCAAUAGUUCAGCUUUUUUUAAAUGGUCUUAAUUUUAGAUGUUUUAUUUCAUAUGACAGCAUGUGUAUUUUUAUUAUUGUCAUCUAAUAAGUGUGCCAUAACAAGAUGUUUGUAAUAAAUGAGCAAAGAAAUAUGUUUCACUUUAAGACAAAAUGAGCAAUAAAAGAUUUUUUU